AUGGAGACCGACGAGUACUGUAGCCUCGGGAAGAAGGCGCUGCGUCGAAGUGUGGACCGGCAGGAGCCGAACGGAGCAUCGACUGCCGAUCGGAAGCAUCUUCGCACCACGUUCGAAAAGACUAUCCAGGCUUUAUUGUGGUGCAUUGCCUUGUCAUGUGGCCUGGGCUGCGUGUUCAUGAAGCUGGACUGGAACAUUAAUGGAGAACGGGCCAGCGAGACUAAGCGGAUGGUGACUGCAUUCAUCGACCGCAUCCUCUGGUCUGUCUGUAUCGCUUGGUUCUGGUUCACCUGCACCACAGGUAGAGGAGGAUUUGUCAACCGGUUUCUCUCGUGGAAUGGAUUUGUGCCACUUGGACGCCUCUCCUUCGGCGUGUACCUCAUACACUUGCCUUUCUACAACCUCAUGCACCGCAUAAGCAGAGAACGCAGGUUCUUCUCUCACUUCGUAUUGGUGUCCAACUGCUUCGUCGUCCUUGUGUGGAGCUACAUUCUCAGUUACAUACUAUGUGUGACAUGCGAACUUCCCACGGCUCACCUAGAGAAGCUGGUGUUCGUCCGGGACCCCAAAAAGGGCGAUGGCACCAUGAAAGAACCGCAGAAGCAGCAGCAGGUUAUGGGAGAAGACGUCGCAAACAUCACCGUCGUAUCUAUCAAUCAAGGCACCUCGAAAAAUUGCUGCGAUCAGGGGUAA